CGGAGAUAUCAAGGGACUCCAUCUCGACCUCUCCGAACUUCCUUUUAAACACCCCUCUUCUCCUUUUCAACUCCUAAAUCCGUCAUCGAUCCAUAGAUACCAUCUUUCUUUCUUUCUUUCUUUCUGUGUCAACACACACAUACACACUUACUGUGUGUACGAGAAUCAUGGCGACGUAUCCUCCAUCGACACAUUGUCCAUCAUCAUCGGCUUAUUCGAAUAAUUCGUCUCUCAUUAAUGGGAGUAAUCGUCUUCCUCAACGUACAUCCUUUCCAUCGAUUCUUCGUAAACGAUGUCGUUCGACAAAGCUCUAUCUACAUCAAUCAUCUAAUGGAGUUUCACUCUCAAAAGCCGUUCAUGUGCAAGAUGGUGCUAAAAGCAUGAAAGCAUCUCCUGUUGAAAACGAUGGUCCUGUUAAGAUAUUGAAAGAUGGAAUAUUAUCCGUGCCACCUGUCACGCCUCCGGAAGAAAGCAUAGAUAUUGCUAGUUUUGAUUUCAACAAAGACAAGUCUACUGUUAGCAUAACAGUGGUUGGAGCUUCAGGUGACCUUGCCAAAAAGAAGAUCUUUCCUGCACUUUUUGCACUUUAUUAUGAAGGUUGCCUUCCUGAGCAUUUCACAAUAUUUGGAUAUGCACGAAGUAAGAUGACUGAUGCUGAACUUAGAACCAUGGUUAGCAAGACACUUACUUGCAGAAUUGAUCAAAGGGAGAAUUGUGGUGAAAAGAUGGAUCAGUUUCUUGAAAGAUGUUUUUACCAUCCAGGUCAAUACGACUCUCAAGAAAACUUCUUGGAGCUGGACAAAAAGCUCAAGGAACAUGAGGAUCGUUUAUUCCUGAAAAUUUUGGCCGGAAGGGUUGCAAACCGUCUUUUCUAUUUAUCAAUUCCGCCAAAUAUUUUCAUAGACGCAGUUAAAUGUGCCAGCUGUUCUGCGUCCUCUGCAAAUGGUUGGACAAGGGUCAUCGUUGAAAAGCCAUUUGGCCGGGAUUCUGAAUCCUCUGCUGCAUUAACAAGGUCCCUCAAGCAGUACUUGGAUGAAGAUCAAAUUUUCAGGAUAGAUCAUUAUCUUGGAAAAGAGCUAGUGGAGAAUCUUUCGGUUCUUCGCUUUUCCAACCUAAUUUUUGAACCGCUGUGGUCACGACAAUAUAUAAGGAAUGUACAGUUCAUAUUUGCCGAAGAUUUUGGCACUGAAGGACGAGGAGGAUACUUUGACAAUUAUGGAAUAAUUAGAGACAUUAUGCAAAACCAUCUGCUUCAGAUAUUAGCUCUUUUUGCCAUGGAAACCCCUGUCAGCUUGGAUGCAGAAGAUAUCAGAAACGAAAAGGUCAAAGUUUUACGUUCCAUGAGGCCUUUGCGACUUGAUGAUGUAGUAACAGGACAGUACAAGAGUCACACAAGAGGGGGUGUCAAAUACCCAGCUUAUGUUGAUGACAAGACUGUACCUAGCGACAGUCUAACGCCAACUUUUGCUGCUGCGGCUCUUUUUAUUGAUAAUGCUAGAUGGGAUGGUGUUCCCUUUUUGAUGAAGGCGGGGAAGGCUUUGCAUGAUCGUAGGGCUGAAAUAAGAGUGCAAUUCAGACAUGUACCGGGUAAUUUGUAUAACAAGAAUAUUGGGACGGAUCUUGACCUAGCAACGAAUGAGCUUGUUAUUCGUGUGCAGCCUGAUGAAGCUAUAUAUCUCAAGAUCAACAACAAAGUUCCUGGUUUGGGGAUGAGAUUGGACCGUAGUAACCUUAAUCUUCUCUAUGCAGCAAGGUAUUCAAAGGAGAUUCCUGAUGCAUAUGAAAGACUUCUUCUUGAUGCGAUCGAAGGAGAAAGAAGACUUUUCAUACGGAGUGAUGAAUUAGAUGCAGCCUGGUCAUUAUUCACUCCUGUACUUAAGGAGCUGGAAGACAAGAAGAUUGUACCAGAAUACUACCCGUAUGGCAGUCGGGGUCCGGUUGGGUCCCACUAUCUUGCGGCUAGAUACAAGGUUCGAUGGGGCGAUGUUGGUUCAGAGCAGUGAUGGACGGCUGUUUCUUUUUUAUUUAUUUUAGUUUUUAUGGAGAAUUUGAGAUUCAUUGGCUUGGUGAUUUUAGGGAUGAAUGGUGUAAGGAAAUAAAUAGCAAGAAGCCAAAAGUAUCAAGGUUUGAUGUCAUGGUUUUUAAUGUGUUGUAUACUGUUUUUGGCUUUUCAGAACUCUAAUGAGUAAUUUUCGUUGGUCUUUUAUGGUUCUCAAAUUGCAGAAUAGCUUUUUCUGUUAA